AUGGAUUUUAACGCUCAUGUUUACGGGUUUGUGGAGAAUAUGGAGUUUAACGAUGAGCUGGACAUGACCUGGGCGAUUGCAAGGGCGAUCUGUGGAGACCUGAGCGACCCGACACCUCAGGCCGUCCCGGUAGAUGACUGGUUUUACCCACUGGAGGAGACCCCUGCUGAAUACACCCCCCUGGUGGCGACAGGCCUCACCUGGGAGCAGCUGCUGGAGGAUCUAGGCGAUGACCUGGUCGCUCCACUGAUUUACCAGCAGCAGAGCCUCUUGCAGCCGGACCCCGUGCAUUUCCAGACACAGUCACGUCUCCAGUUUGACAAUCAGCAAACAGAGACUCGCACUAAACACCUGGAGGUGAGGCUGAGACCUAUUGGGGUAUUUGAUAAAAAGGUGAUUUACGGGGCUCCAGGAGACAGAGUUCCUCCUCCAGUGAACGCCCGCAGUACACAAAAGAGAAAGCUUGUGAUUGAGGAGGAAGACGACAGGCAGUACAUCAAGAAGCCGCCCAAUGCCUUCAUGCUGUACAGGGAGGAGCAGAGGCCGAAAAUUUUGGCCAAGCUCAAAAACUCUGCGGCUGUCAACACCAUCAUUGGACAGAUGUGGAAGGCGCUCUCUAAAAAGGGGCAGGAGAAAUAUUAUGAAGAAUAUAGGAGGCUGAGUCGGAUCCACAGCCAGCUCUACCCUGACUGGUCAGCAAGGGACAAUUAUGGAAAAAAGAGGAAGAGGAGCCCGAGGAGAGCUUCAGCUAAGACUGUCGAUGGGAUCUCUCCAGGAAGUGGCCAACGUCCCCGCUUUGCUCCUUCAUGGAGAAAUUCACAUUACAAGUCAUAAGGAGCAGUUUGAGCCUCCUCCUCUCACAGCACAUCUGCAGCUGUGCUCCUCUCCACUGACUCUUGCUCCUUGUUUAGAUUUUACUCCACUUUUAUACAAUUUUACCUUGUGACUGUCUAUGAAUCUCAGUCAAUCUUGCUGUUUUUUAAAGUUGUUUAUAUUUAACAAUUUAUCUUUUUUAUAAU